UAGUUUGACGCGCGGCGAUAAGGCGCUGCCAAGUCUGACAACAAAAUAUACGUUACAUUAGCAGCAAAAUACCCACUGCCAUGGUUUCUUAAACUGGUGGAGGAAUACACGGUUUAAUGUCUGAUAGGUGACCGGAAACGGACGACUUAACGCUGUCGGGCUGAGACGCUGCUCCCCGGAAAAAUAGCCGCGCUGAGUGGACGCUGGAGAGGCUACAAUGAGCUCGGAGCACCAGAGCGACAGCGAGGACGCCGACGAGUCGCGGGACAGGCCCAACAGCAGCAGCGACAAAGAGGAAGACCCCGACAUCGACGACUCGGACGUAGAGGAUGACACCCCUCGAACUGGCUCUCCUUCUCGAACGGAGCGUAGCGCGACGGGGUCUCCGGCGUCCCACGACCAGACGCCAUCCUCCUGUCGACCGUCCGCCGCCGCGACGCAGACAGGGAGCGGCGGGGGCUCCAGCAGCGACGGUAGAAGGGUUAACAGUCUGUUUUCAUGGCUCCAGAGCAGGACGAUAAGACGAGGAGUGUUUGUUGACCCAGCCAGGGAUAACUUCAGGACAAUGACUAGUUUAUACUGCUCUAUGAAUCCGGCUGUGGAGUCUGUCAACCUGAGCACGCAGACCCACGGAGCUGUGUUCAAUCUGGAGUACUCCCCGGAUGGGUCUGUGCUGACUGUGGCCUGUGAGCAGACCGAGGUCCUGCUGUUUGAUCCCAUCUCAUCCAGACACAUCAAAACCCUGACGGAGGCCCACGAGGACUGUGUCAAUAACAUAAGGUUUUUGGACAAUCGUUUGUUUGCCACCUGCUCAGACGACACUACGAUUGCAUUAUGGGACCUCCGAAAGCUGAACUCAAAGGUGUGCUCGCUGCACGGCCAUGCUAGUUGGGUGAAGAACAUCGAGUACGACACAAACACACGUCUCCUUGUCACAUCAGGGUUCGAUGGAAACGUGAUCACGUGGGACACCAACAGGUUUACAGAGGACGGCUGCCCACACAAAAAGUUCUUCCACACACGAUAUUUAAUGAGGAUGCGCCUGACCCCCGACUGCUCCAAGAUGCUCAUCUCCACCUCCUCUGGUUACCUGCUCAUCCUCCACGACCUGGACCUCACUCAGUCCCUGGAGGUGGGCAGCUACCGCAUGCUGCGAGCCCGGCGGACUCCCCUCAGCUCAGAUGGAGGCACAUCAACGUCCAGAUCAGCUGGAACUCCUCGCCAAGGAAAUGACUCCAGCAAGAUCCAUCCUCACAGAGAAGGACUUUCACCCAGGAACAGCUUGGAGGUUUUGACUCCAGAGAUUCCCGGUGAAAGAGACAGAGGGAACUGCAUCACCUCCCUGCAGCUCCACCCCAAAGGCUGGGCCACGCUCAUAAGGUGCUCCAGCAACAUGGAUGACCAGGAGUGGACGUGCGUAUACGAGUUCCAGGAGGGAGCACCCACACGCCCGCUAGUCUCUCCUCGCUGCUCCCUCCGCCUAACCCACUACAUUGAGGAGGCCAACGUGGGCCGGGGCUACAUCAAAGAGUUGUGCUUCAGCCCGGACGGACGACUCAUCUGCUCCCCGUACGGUUAUGGCGUCCGCCUGCUGGCCUUCGAUGAGAGCUGCGGUGAGCUGGCCGACUGCAUGCCCGUCCAGACCAGCUGCCUCAGAGAGAUCCGCUCCAUCUACUCCCACAGUGACGUGGUGCUCACCACAAAGUUCUCCCCCACUCACUGCCAGCUGGCCUCGGGCUGUCUCAGUGGACGGGUUGCUCUUUAUCAGCCUAAAUUUUAGAAACCAGAGCUGCUAGAGAACGAUGCACUGCAUAGCUGGGUGAAGAAGUGCUGUUCAGGAUAAACUCCACAUACUAAUCGAUAAUCUUUAACACUCCUUUCACAUAAAAAACACAGAUUUCUGCUAAGAAAAGACCAGAUUUAGAGUCAGUUCAUCCCUAUUGGGCUUUAUGGCAUUCCAGCCUGGAAUUUCAAGAAACUUAUUUCAGUUUUUGCCUUUUUUUAAUGCAAAAGCUGUCAAAAAAUACGUUGGAUUCACAAUUUUUCACCUUAAGUUAAAUGGUUGCACCUAAUUUUAGAUUGGAGGGUUGCACGGUGAAGAAAUGGAGCUUUGUAUUGUUUUAUUUGUAAAUAAUUGUGAAUCAUGAAUAUAGGAUUUCCCCUUCUCUCACUUUAACAAUUUAACAACCCCAAUAAAAUCUGUUUUAGUUUGACAAAACAGAAAAGUUCACUGGGGUGAGUAUAUCUGCAAGGCACUGUACUUUAAAGUAAAGCUUUUUUGAUAUCGAUUGGUUUGAAUAAUGAAAGUUAAAUAUUUGAAUCUUUAGAGAGCUCUAAUAUCUCCCAGCAUUUGUUUUAAAGUGUUGAGGCAGAUUAAAUGGACAAGAUUUACUAUAUGCAGAUAUUCAAAGAACAAAAAAUUAUCUUAUUCUAAGACUCUUUUACAGACUGUCUGUACUGAGAACUCCACCCAUUUGGCAUCUGAAAGAGAUAAACCUUAGAAAUAUUUCAAGUACUACUUCACCCAGGUGUGCAGCUGUGAAGCAGACAUACUUUACCCAUGUUUGGAUGGAAAUUGUCAUCUGAAAGGAGCUGAAAAAAAGAUUACCUCAGAUUUGGCCUGAUGGAAAAAGCUGCAGAAGAUGAAGAGUAGAUCUGCUUUGAGGCUGCAAAACUGGGCAAACAACACUCUUAUCCAUACCGAGAAAGGGGUUGAAGCCCAAAUGCAACAUGGCAUCACUGAAAAACAACCUCUGCACUCCAUCAGUGUGUCUUUUCAUAUUAAGGAUUAAUAAUGUCUGUCUCUAUAGCAGUCGAAAACUUUGACUUUUUAAAGACCUGACACAUCCAGGUGCUCUCUCUGGAAAAGAAAAACACUACAAGUGCAACAAACAGACUGAAUCCUAAAACUUUUGUUGUUUGCGCUGUCUUGUUCGUUUGAAACGGCGUCCUCCGCUGCGGAUCGUUUUGCUCUCCGAUCUGCUCAUGCCUUCUUCAUGGGUGCUGCUUCUCUGCUCAUACAAUCUAAACUUUGUCCCCUCAGAUCUCCAAGGACCUCAACGCCAACACCUUUUACCCAAGCUUUCUGUUUCCAGCACCACCGUGUUUCCACUUUCAUGGUCUUUGAUGGUUAAGGUUUUUAGUGGUUUUAGUGGUGUAUUUAUGAUGGCACUACCCGUUCACGGUGUUUGAGUUCAUAAUCAUGAAGGCAGCUUAAGGUCUAGUAAAAAGUGUCAUUACCUAUCACUGUUUGUUUUUAAUCUUAAGCUGUAUGAACACAUUAAAAUCCAGCCUCUGUCAGUAUCUCAGUUUUAAAGAGAGGAUGUUUUAACUAUCAUAAUUUCAUACUUUUGCAUUAAGAAACACUCCCUAAAAGAUAAGGCUGGCAUUAUCAUGUAUUAUUUAAAAAUAUACAUUAUGAUCCUUUAAAAGUUUACCCUUGUAGAUUGUAGCAAAACAGUGAAGUUUAUACGGACUACUUUUAGCAGCGGAGAGAUACACAGUUAGUGUUCCAUUUACAAUUAAUCAAUUUUUAAGGUGUUGUUUGACAAUGAUUCAGUCCCAACAUGGGGAAAGACAUAUCAAUACCAGCAACACUAUUUAUCAGAAAAACAAUUCACAAUUUGUUUUGUCUUUUCCUGGAAUUUACUAAUUUAAAAUACAUAAAGUCAGUGCCAGCCUUGUCUUUUUUUACAGUGGUCUUGUUGACUCCUCGGGCAACUGUUUUUUGGCAGUUCAAGUUGCCUCAGCAUAUCCGGGUAAAUCUUAAUAAGAAGGUAUUGUUGCCAAGUUUGACUUGUUUGUAACUUGUUUGGUUGGUGUUUGAAUAGAGAGUUUAUCCACUUCAGUGUUGGAUUUUUUUCACUAAGACAUAUCACACCCAUUUUUACAUUUUAACUAUUUCUUGCAGGUUUUUUUUUUUUUACUCUGUAAGGUAAUAGAUUGCUUUGACUGUUUAAGAAUGGGCAAUGCUUUUGUGUUAUAACCAGUGUAGUAUAGCUGUAUUAAGGGCCAAGCACAUGUGGAUAAUACACCUUAAUGUAAACAGAUUACAGUACAUAAUAACUGACAACAGAAUAGAUCUUAGGUUAACAUAUGAUAGACAUAGCAUAUACUUCUAUGCAUAACAGCCUUUAUAAAGAUUCUCCUUUUCUUAUUUAUGUGCAGGUGAUGUGUGUGAAGCUGUAAGAUGCCAAAAUGUGGUCUCAUUUCAAGUGAGCUGAGAUCUUGAGGUCAGUAUCUACUAGAGUGGAUUUAAAAGUGUUGCAAAAGCUUGAAUUUUUUAAGAACUUAAUGACGUUUUAGGAAAAUUAACAUUAUCGCUUCCUUGACAAAGAUUAGACUAAAAUAAGUACCAUAGAUCCAAGAUCCAUGAAGCAAGAGAUCCAUGAAGCAAGAUAACGGUGAUCUGGUUAAAUAAGCCUGGAUAAUCACAAAGAAUGAACAAGGGCGAACUAAUGUUCUUACUUAGCCCAACUUUUUCAACCACCAUCUAUAAAACUUGAAAAUAAACUCUACAUCUAAUUUAACUGUAUGUUAAACAAUAAAAACAGAAUUUCAGAUCGAAAUUCUGUCAUUUCAUGUUGAUUUUGUACCAGACUAUUUCCUGGAUGGGAUUAGUUAUGUCCCAGAAUCAACCAAAUUGCACCCAUUUUAAACAUAACAACACAACAGCUAAUUUUCUUGUUUAGCUUUGUUUUUGGUUGAUAUUAAAUAACCCAGUUACAAUGUAAUGUUGAUUUAUCUCACAUCUGGUAAAAGGGUUUUGGUUCAGUAUGAAUAUUGGAUAAAUAUUUCCAUGAAGGCCAAACGCUUAUAAUUUGAUAAGGACAUUGCUAUUCUUGGGUUAUAAAUGGAAAAUGUGUGUAUUUAUUUUUCUUAGCUCCCAACAAGGUCCUGUGUGUACUAUAACCGUUGUUUUUUUAACACUUUGUACCUCAGUUAACACCUCAAAAUGUGUAUAUUUCCCUUUUACUUUAGCUCAGGCAACUCUAUCUGAAAAAACUGAUUCUUCCCAUUACAGAUGAAUAGUAUUAUAAACUGUAAAAUUUGUUGUGACUUCUCCUGUAGUUGACUGAGCUAAAGGUAAAAGCACAGAAAGCUGCACAGUCAAAGCUACAAUUUUGUGUCAUUCAUGUUCAGAGGCUCUCUGGAGAAAAGUGUCUUAUUUGCCAUUUUUAUAAAAGGUAUAACACCUACAAAACCAGGUUGAUUAUUGUAAAUUUUCUUUUGGGUCACUCCUGUUUUUUGGUUUAACUUGUGUUCUGUUUGAAUGGAAUGUUCUCAGUAGAUCUGGUUUUUACCUGUGCACUCACCUGAACUGAUCACAGCUGGGGGACAAUGAGAGAAAAGAAACAAACAUGUUGGAUUGGUUUAAGUGUCUCCUUACAGGCUAUACACAGCAAGUUCUCCUUGCAAUGAUACUAAAAUGGUACUUAUUAUCACUGAAAUAAAAUGAAAGCUUCUU